AUGCAGUUCCUCCAUAUUCUCCUCCUCUCCAUUCUCUCCCUCAUCUUCAUCUCUUCCGUUCAAGCCGUCCCAAGCGAUCAAGACAUUGAAGCUCUUAUGGGUCUUCAAGACCAGGUCAAUGCUUUCUUGGGUGAAUCCAACAUGAGUCCAGAAGCAAAGAAGAAAAUUGAAGAUAUGAUGGCCAAGAAACAAGCUGCUAUCGAGAACAGUCUGGGCAGAAAAUAA